AUGGACCGCUCGCGGCUUGUGGCGGACGCCACCACACUGCUGCCGCCGCUGUCCGGGCUGUCGCCCGCGCAGGUGGUGGCCAAAUACCUCGAGGCCCGCCCGCUGGCUCGCAAGAUCUUACAGGACCCUCCGGACUUCGACAACGAGUUCUGGCGCGCGACCGCGCGCCCCGCGCCGGUGCGCGCGGGCGAGCUGGGAGGGUGCGCGCUGCGCGUGUUCGACAACUUGUCGCGCGUCCACGGCGAGGGCCCCGUGUAUGUGUUUAUCCAUGGCCUCGGGGGCAAUGCCACGCAGUUCGAGCCUCUGGUGCGCGUGCUGGACGCGCUGAACGAGGGCUUCGUGGCGCUGGACCUGCCUGGGUUCGGCAAGAGCGCGGAGGCCCCGCGAUACGCGAUGUCCGCGGUCGCGGCGGCCGUGGGACACACGGUUGCGCAGCUGGUGGGCGAGGGCCACCCGUUGGUGGUGGUCGGCCACUCGCUCGGGUGCCAUGUGGCGCUCCACUUUGUAGCCCAGUUCGGAGGCCGCUACGCGGUGCGCGACGCAGUGUUCCUGGCCCCGCCCGCGCCGGAGUUGCCCCAGCUGCGCACCGCGAUGGCGCGCGCGGGCCUGUUUGUGGCGGGCCGGUGGCCGGUUCUGCUGGACUGGUAUCGCUGGUACUUUGACCAGCACCGCGGCCUCGACAGCUCGGGCAUCCAGCGGUUCUUCCACCGCGGCGACCCGUACCGCAAGCUGUGGCAGUUCCACCACAACGUCCAGAUCAAAAGCAGGUCGGUCGUGGAGUACCUGCGCGGGUGGGAGCGUGUCGAGUGGGAGCACGAGCACAUACGGUCGCUGGCCAGCGUGGUGGUGAUGUGCGGCGACGCGGACCCGGUGACCCCGCUGGCCACGGCCCGGAGUUUCUAUGCGAUGCUGUCGGGCGUGCCAUCGCGACGGUUUGUGGUGGUGGAACGGUGCUCGCACAACCUGUGCCUGGACCAGCCCGCGCAGGUCACUCUGCGGUUUCUGGAGGCCGUGGUGGACCGCCACGGCUAG